AUGGACGGCCAGGAGUUCUGUGAGGUUGUCUGCAAAGCCAACGCAGUACAGAUCAAAGCUCAUCAGUAUGCCCUUGGCUAUGUGGAGAGGUUGCAACUCGGCUCGCGCUGGAUCCGGUCGGGUUUGGAUGAGGUUGGAUGGAUCCGGUUUCAUGGGUCUAACUUUGGUGCGGCCUUGAUCGCUCGUGGUGGUGGCUCGAGCAGCAUGGUUCACAGCACGGAUCUGCCGCUGGAUGACACUCCUCAGAAGCGAAGCUCCAAACUGGGUCGUGGAGACUCGGCCCAGUUGAGGCAUCCGAAAGUGCGACCGGCAGAGAUGGGCCAGCAGAGAUGGGAUCGGCGGGGCAAGCUUUGUGAGCGAAAGGGUGUGGAUGAAAUCCUCCAGAAGCAGAACCGAGGCCGGCAGUGCAGAACUUUCACGCGUGCCCCGAGCGCGCCGCAGCCCCUGAGGUUGGGCGAAUGCUAUGAGGCAGACAUGAGGCGUGCACGGAGCAAGUCACGAACUCCGGCGGCGCCGAAGAGCCUCCACUACGAGUCGGCCGUGCCGCCGAAGUCUUCGCCCCAGCAACUCCACACGCCACAGAUGCUCUUGCGGCGCUCCUCGCCCAACGCCUCGACACCGUGUUCCGACAGCGACGGCGAGGAGGGUGCAUUCAGUGGUGGCGUGGUGCCCACGAGGUCCAAGGAUCGCCCAGGUGCGACACCAAGUGCGUUUGACCAUGCCAACCGGCAGAUCUCCGAUUGGGGGUCUCGGCAGGUCUCUGACUGGGGCGGUGUGCGGCAACUCUCUGACUGGGGCGGUGCGCGGCAAGUCUCCGAAUUUGGUGGUGUGCGGCAAGUCUCCGAAUUUGGUGGUGGGCGGCAAGUCUCCGACUGGUUUGGUCAGCUGCCACAGGGCUCCGAGCAGUUGGGUGCUCGCGGUUCCGAAGGGCCUGAGACUGGUCACAGCGAAGGCCUCGGGAAGUCCUCUCCUGGUUCGCCGGCGAGCGGGCUGGGGGCGAUGAUGCCGCUGGAGUGUUGGCUCCACCGACCAAAGAGCGCUACCACCAACCGCUCCACACUGGGCCCUGGCUCCACACUGGGCCUGGGCGGGCCGAGUAACAAAAAUUCCAGGACGGGGAGUGCAGAUGUUAUGGCGAAGGACCUCUUGGCGGAGCGCUGGCGGUCAUGUACGUUGAGCCCCACGGGCCACUUCCGGAACUUGUGGGACUUCCUAGGGAUCAUCCUGCUGGUCUUCGAUGCUGUCACCUUGCCGGUCCAGUUCGUCACCAGCGGCUUCUACGUCAUUUUCCCGGCCCUGUCGGUGGUCUCCAAGUUUCAGGUGCUUUAUUGGGCCCUGGACGUGCUACUAAGCUUUUUCACUGGAUAUUUGGACAAAGGCAACCUCAUUCAAAGCCACAAGGAGAUCGUUUGCCACUACUUGAAGACUUGGUUCUUGCCCGACUUCAUAGUCACUGUCAUCGACAUCGUUCUGGAGUUUAGUGGAGGUGAAGAAGCCAGUACCGAUCGUGCCAGCACACGAGUUCUACGGCUCUUGCGGCUGCUGCGGGUCGUGCGGCUGGGCAAGUUGACCCGCUUCGCCUCCUUCUUGCGGGACAAGUUCGAGUCUGAGGUGGCCUACACCCAAUUCAGCUUACUGCUUUUGAUCAUAGGCAUGAUGCUGCAGGAGCACGUCAUUGCGUGUGGAUGGUUUGGCAUUGGAUCUUUCUCCUCGGAGGAAAACACCUGGCUGACGGUUUCCAAGAAUGAAUACUCCUCGUUCACCCUGCAGUACACUCACAGCCUUCGCUGGGCCUUCUCCCAGUUGGGCAUUGGAGGGACCAAUAUCGAAGCUGUGAAUGAGGCGGAAGGGCUUUACAGUGUGGUGGUCGCGUUGGUCUCGUUGAUCACCUUUUCGUCGAUCAUCAGUUCAAUGACCUCCUUGGUGAGUACCUUGCAGAACAAGCGGAUGGAGCAGACCCAGCAGUUUGGCCUGCUGCGACGCUUCCUCCGCAUGAACAAGAUCUCAGAGAAUUUGGGCCAGCGUAUCACGCGCUUUCUUCACUACACUUACCAUCAGAGGUCAGCAAAUGUGGAUGAUCCAUACAUCUUAGACUUUCUCUCGAAAUCCCUUCAGGCAGAACUUCAGCUCGCACGCUACAAUGAUUAUCUCAGUAAGAUGCCUUUUCUUGCAGCCAUCUUGAAGCGGAGCAACACCCUAAGCCUUCAGGAAGGUCAUGUUUUGCAAACCCUGGCCAGCCAAGCGAUCUCUUCGCAUGACUUUGCAGAGGACGAUGUCCUCUUUUGUUACGGGAACCGGGCCACUGCAGCAUACUACGUGCUGCAAGGCUCAACCCUAUACCUGCAGAAUGAACGCACGGCUCGUAGUCCUCCGCAUGAGCUUUGGAUCUGCGAGAUGUGCCUCUGGACACGGUGGACACAUCUCGGGGACUUGCUCAGCACAAGCUUCUGCAAAAUCCUUGCGGUCCACGGGAAGGAGUUCUGCGAGAUCAUCUCCAAGGCAGGUCCAGUCCAGGUGCACGCGCACAAAUACGCGACCGACUACGUGGAGGAGCUGAAUGCCAGGGUGGAUAUGGGCCGUGCAACUGACCUCUCCGAAUCCAAAGACAUCGUGGCUAGACGAACCAGCAUUGCUUCGCUGCCCCUGCAUUUCAAGGGAGUGCUCGCAUCUGCGAGGUUCUCGUGUUUACGAGGCUUAUUCGAGCGAUCUCGAGCGACGAAGACCGCUCCUGAGCUCACAUGA